AUGCGAGCGCUACCCCCUCAGGACGGGGUCAGGGCCUCCCCUCACUCUCCUGGCGAUCGCUACCUCGGAUGUGGUUUUUCUACCUAUGUGUCCACGCACGCCUUCCAGGCACGGGAGCACGGCACGUCCAACGAUGACCCUUGCGCCUCGGAAAGUGCCGGUGGCAAGCCCGGGGGUCGCCGCCGCCCCGACCAGCCCACGGCAGAACUGUGGACCGAGCUGACAGGCCUGGUCGGCUGCUCUGAGUCUGAGGAUGGGCCGGAAGAGGGAGCCGAGGGCCGCUCUACCGAGGUCUCCCUGGAAGAGGCUCUCGUGCGUCUUGCUGAGUUCCUCUCCGUCCAGCUGGGGGCGGAAGAGAGCUGCCGGAACCCUGACCUGAGCAAGCCGAGCGAUGUCCCCCCACUGUUGACGGUGACCGGUCAGCUCUUGGCCCUCCUGGCAUGGAUUCGGAGCCCCAGGGGGAGGCAGGCCCUGCCCCAGGGUAUUCAUCCAGCCUCGGAGGUGCAGCCUCCCACACCUGCUGGAUCCCCACCUCAAGAAGAAAGCCCUUCCCUUUCACCAAGGGGUGAGGCCCAAGGGCAGAACCCUCCCCAGUUGGAGGAGGACCAGAGAGCUUGGCAGCGGCUGGAGCAGCUCAUCCUUGGACAGCUAGAGGAGCUGAAGCAGCAACUCGAACUGCAGGAAGAGGAGCUGGGCCGCUUGCGCCUGGGUGUGGGGGCGACAGACUCAGAGAAAAGGGUUCAGCAUCUAACCCUGGAGAAUGAGGCUCUGAAACAGAGCCUGAGCCUCACUCGGGACCUUCUGCUGCACUGGGGCCCUGGCCCCUCCACCAGGGCCCCCCAGGAGGAGGCAGAGGCAUUGGUGGAGCUCCAGAGUCGGCUUCAGGAAGCCCAGGACACCACAGAAGCACUUCAGGUCCAGCUGGGGGUGCAGGAGGUGCAGCUGCAGGGCCUUCGGGGGGCCCUUCGGCAGCUCCAGCAGGAGACUGAGCAGAACUGCAGACGGGAGCUGCAGCAGAUGCUUGGGCAGCUGGCAGGACUUCGGGCACGUAUGGCCAGUCUGCGACAGGGCUGUGGGGACCUCCGAGGACUGGUCAGCACAUUUACCCAGAGCUGUCAGUGUUCGCUCAGUGAGGCCCGGGGCCAGGUAUCCUGGGCCCUGGGGGCUCUGUCAGCUGGAGGGGCUGGGACUCAGCUCCCUGAAGAGCAGCAGGGGCCCCCAACUGGAUGCCCGGGGCGGCUGCUGGAGCUCAAGGGAAAUAUCCGUGUGCUGUGUCGACUGAGGCCAGGGACACCCUCCAGCCUGGUGAGCUUGGAGCCUGGCCCCAGCGGCACUGUCACCACCUGCUAUCGAGGGCGCCAGCGUCGCUUCCGCCUGGACUGGGUCUUCUCUCCAGAGGCCAGCCAGGAGGAGGUCUUCAGGGAGCUGGAGCCAGCCGUGCUGUCCUGCCUCCAAGGCUACAGUGUCUGCAUUUUCACCUACGGUCAGACAGGGACAGGGAAGACCUACAGUAUGGAGGGCCCGCCAGAGGACCCUGGCAUAGCUCCUAGGGCACUGCAGUCACUGUUCCAGGAGAUGGGGACUGAAGGGCAGCACCGUGUGACUCUCAGCAUGGUGGAGAUCUACAAUGAGGCUGUCAGGGACCUGCUAGCCCCAGGGCCUCCUGAGCGCCUGGCCGUGAGGCAGGGCCCAGCAGGCCGGGGGGGCAUUCAGGUGGCUGGCCUCACCUACUGGGACGUGCCCGACCUGGAGAUGCUUCACCAGAUGCUGAGCCUGGGGAGGAGCAACCGGGCCACCGCCGCCACCACCAAGAACCCGCACAGCUCACGGUCGCAUGCCCUGGUCACACUGACACUGCGUACGGCGUCCCCACCGCGCGGUCCAGGCACCGCAGGCACACUGCACCUGGUGGACCUGGCCGGAUCGGAGCGUGCCUGGAAGGCAGGGGCGGCCGGCCCGUCGCGCGGAGACCGAGACGGCGCCCAGCGUCUGCGGGAGGCCCGGACUAUCAACCGCUCGCUGCUGGCCCUGGGAGGCGUGAUGGCCGCGCUGCGCGCCCGCCGGCCCCACGUGCCCUUCCGCGAUUCGCAGCUCACGCGCCUGCUGCAGCCGGCGCUCGGGCCUGGCGCCACCGCGGUGCUGUUGUUGCAGAUUUCCACGCGGCCCGAGGAUCUCGGCGAGACCGUGUGCUCGCUCAAGUUCGCCGAGCGAGUGGGCCGAGUGGAGCUGGGGCCAGCCCGGCGCUGCAGGGCCCCGCGCUCCGGGACGCCCUCUUCGCUCAGCACCGACACGCCACUUACCGGGACCCCCUGCACUCCUACGCCGUCCCCCGGCAGCCCUCCGGGACCUGGCCCGGGCAGCGGCUCCAGCUCGGGCCUCGGGACCCAAAAGGAGGCGCCCUUGUAG